AUGUUUUCGAGUUUUCAACAAAGGUUUCCGCUGCAAGACUUGAAGCAAUGGGUACCAAUGUUGGAACUGUUUCCAUUGGAUCCCGAGGCCUUGAGUGCUGGGCCUCCUGAUGCCGAAAUCCUUUUGGAAACCUUUUUGCCAGGAAGUGUGUACGGGCUUUAUCAGAAGGGUGAAAUGUUCCCAAAGCCGUUCUGGACUCUCCCACCUAGAAAAGUGUUUCAGACGCUACCAAUUUCGACCUCACUCCCAUUAGAAUCGAUUUCAGUACCAAAGGUCGUUGUAUCAUCUUCGGACUCCGAACUACCAAUUCCAGCACCACGGGCCAUUGUUGCAGCUGAAAUUCCUCGUGUGCAAACACCGUUGACAUCUGAGAUCCCUGCCAUUCGGAAGAAGAUUUCGACCCCAUCGUUCAACACCCGCCCCAGUACUCCAACCCGUCCCGGUACCCCAACAUGCUCCAGCACACCAACCCGUCCCAGCACUCCGGUAGAUGUUCGGUCGUCCCUUCCUCAUAGCAACUCCAGCUCAUUCUCUACGCUGAAAAAAAGUCCUUCGGUUCGUGAUUUUCUUGGAACGGCAGCAAAUUUUGCGAAGGAAACAAAGCCAAAACCAGCUACACAAAAAGAUGUUGCCAUUAGUACUCCAGUUCAAGUCCCAGCUCCAACUCCGGUCCCAGCUCCAACCUCAGUCCCAACUUCAGCUCCUACAAUGGCUUCCCUUCCGUUAGAACGUUCAGUAGUCUCUAUUGAGCCCCUUGGUGAUGGUCCGAUUGUUGUGCGGGAGACAAAAAAACAGGAAAUGCAAAAAGAGCAUAUGGCAUUGGUACAAUAUUAUUCGCCUGUAAUUCAAGUACCUCGGCCCGAUUCAGCUCAAUAUAGAACUCUUGAUACUCAGAAUACUUGCCGAAACGAGACUUCAUACAAAUCCCCAGAACAAUCGUCGCCAAGCCUUUCCAAAGGUUUGAGUUCUAAUGUCCACUCACCGAAAGAAGAAUUCGGGGCUGUGCCAAUGGAUCCUCAAUAUCAAGCGCUCAUUACACGGUAUCUAAAAAAGCUACAAAUAGAGGCAGUCAAGGUUCAUUCACAAUUCUCACCUGCACCGCCAACCAACAAUUCUCCGGUACUUCAACAAUGUUCCCUUAUUCGCUUCGAUCGUGCUUUCAAUCGGUUUGAUAUUCCGAAUAGUUAUUUUCCGGAGAUACACAUUGAAUCACGGCAUCGAGAUUAUGUUCACCACUUUAUCAAAAAAUCCGUUUUUAAAACUGCUGCUGCGGGGUCCUCACGAUCCAUCAGGGAAGUUAUGCAAGAGUUGCGGAAAGAUUCGAUAUUCUUAAACACUAUUGAACCUGGCGCAAUUUUACAGGCACUCGACGAUGCAGUUGUGGCUCGUCUUCGACAAUCGUUAUCCACCCAAAACAACUCCAUAACCCGUUUUGGCGAUGCAUCUGCAAGGAUGGAUGACUUGAGAAGGUUUUUGGAAAGUUUGACAAAGGAUAAUGGACAAUGCGUUGAAUUUGAGCACUGGAUCGAAGAAGUCCCUGUGGACAGCGAACAAACUUUGCCAAUCAAGUUUACGGUUGAUUUCGCUGAUGGAACACCGGCAAUUCGUGGAACUUUAUCUGGACCUAAUGUGUUGAAGGAUUCGGUCCGACGAAGAAUAAAGGCCUUUAAGCCACGACCUUCCCAGGAUAGUGAAUUUGCAUUCGAUACUACGGUAACAACACACGGAACACCGCUGAAACGGACAUUUGGCAACAAGGGCUCCUCAACUGAAUUGAGACUUUACAAGAGGUCAAGGAAUGGAUCCUCGGAUGAUGUCAGUCUUCAGCGCCCUAAGAGCAUGUUUACAAAGUCAAGAAACACAUCCUCGGAAAACAUCAGCUAUAUUCAACGUCCUAAACAUUUAUCUAUCAUUACAACAAGUUCCAAUGAAAAAAUGCGAGCCAUCAGCAACUCUUCAGUCCGUGAUUUGAUCUUAUCGCCAAUCAACACUUCUAGUACACAGAUUGAUGUUCAGAUCUCAGAGGCCAUAUUCAUCGAGUCCGCACCUGAUUCACCAAGCUCCACGGCUGGUUCCAUGGAGCGAUGGGAACAAUCAUCUACCUUAUCUCGGUUUUCGAUGGGAUCUUCGCAAACUGGAAUUACGAUACCACCAUCCGGACCAUCCGUGUGUUUGGUAUCAGGUAGAACAUCAAGAAAACAGACUACAGAGGAGGAGCGGAGCGCCCGAGCAACCCAAUCGUUCCGCAGUCAAUCUGUGCGCUCACUGCGCUCACUGCGCAGAGAACCAACUUCUGAGAGUCGCAAAGAAGAUGACACUCAAUCUUUGUAUUCGUCUUCUUCCCCUGCGCCAGCAUUUGACAUCAAUCAUUUCUUGAGACCGAAAAAAUGUCGCUCAAUCAGCGAAAUUUCACUUGAUAAUCCCAAGGAAUAUCACGCCGAGAGCUUGAAACGAAGCUUUAGCUCCACUUCUUCAUUAUCCAAAUUUGCACCUGCCACAUCUCGCCUUCCUACAGUUUUAUCACCAGUUGAAACAGAGAUGCCGCAAAUUUUAAUUAGCGACGAGAGUGGUCCGAUGGAAUCAUCUGAUCUUCUGGACAUGGUUACACAAAUUGUGGAGCCAGAGGAUUUACCUCUUGCUAUAACAGUUCCCAUGAUCCUGGAAGAGCCCAUGAGGGCAGACUCCGGGUUUCCUAGCAGCGACGGGAAGAAGAGCGCCCAUGGAUUAUUAAAAGAAGUUGCGGGAGUGGGUGAGGAUGCUAAGAAACUUCCGCAGGGUACCCGAAAAACUACAUUCAUUAAGGAUAUCAAAAUCACGGCUGUUAAGGAUACCAAGGAUGAAUCAAAACCUGUGGAAGAGCGUGGAAUCAAGAAAAAUAAGCUAUUCGGUAGAUUGAAGGACAGGGUCAAGGGGCUGAAGAAAAAAGUCAGCGGCGCCAUGAGGUCCGGCAAAGAAAAUUAA